ACUGCUGGGCACAGGUGGGGGCACUGCUGGGAACGGGUGGGCGGGGCUAGUGGGCGCACUGCUGGGCGGAACUUGCGGGUGUCACUGCUGGGCACCGAUCAUCAGGGCACUGACCAUCACGUGAGGAAAGUACUGCCGAUAACCAGCAAUUGUCAGAGAACAGAUCGGUACUGAUCAUCAUUGCCCUGAUGAUCAGCGCCCAGCAGUGCCACCCACCUGUGCCCAUCAGUGCUCUGCAGUGCUGCCAAGCAGUGCCACCA